UUCUCCCCAGUCACACGUGUGGGAACCCAGGGAGGCUGCCCAACGGCAUCCAGCAGGGCUCAACCUUCAACCUCGGCGACAAGGUCCGCUACAGCUGCAACCCCGGAUUCUUCCUGGAGGGCCACGCCGUGCUCACCUGCCACGCUGGCUCCGAGAACAGUGCCACGUGGGACUUCCCCCUGCCCUCCUGCAGAGCGGAUGAUGCGUGUGGUGGGACCCUGCGGGGCCAGAGCGGCAUCAUCUCCAGUCCCCACUUCCCCUCGGAGUACCAUAACAAUGCUGACUGCACGUGGACCAUUCUGGCUGAGCUGGGAGACACCAUCGCCCUGGUCUUUAUUGACUUCCAGCUGGAGGACGGUUACGACUUUCUGGAAGUCACGGGGACCGAAGGCUCCUCCCUCUGGUUCACGGGAGCCAGCCUCCCAGCCCCUGUCAUCAGCAGCAAGAACUGGCUGCGGCUGCACUUCACAUCGGACGGGAACCACCGGCAGCGCGGCUUCAGCGCCCAGUACCAAGUCAAGAAGCAAAUUGAGUUGAAGUCUCGAGGCGUGAAGCUGAUGCCCAGCAAGGAUAACAGCCAGAAGACAUCUGUGC